AUGGAUUUUGUGACUGGAAAAAUUUGUGAGCAAUUGGCUCAAUGUAUGGAUAGUCAGUUAAUCACCAAUGCAGCAGCCGAUCUUGUAGCUCUACUGGUGACGCAAUUUCCAUCAUCGGCUGACCUUGCUUCUCUAUUUUUGAAUGGACUUAUGCAUCACGUAAAAUGUAUCCGCUGGAAUAUCUAUCGAUGGUUCGGUCGCAUCAAUGUCUCCAAAAGUAGUUGUCAGUUCUUCAAAAACCUGCGCGACUCGCUACGUACACAGUUUCUAAAUGCUGAUGAUGAUGUAUCGUGGCCACCUUAUAUGUGGGAAUUCGAGGACUUCUCCUGCAUUGAUCCCCUUUGGAAUUGUGAUGAGUCAGAGGAAGUGACGUGGAAGGUAGACAGAGCGUUGGAAGCAUAUCUGAAGGUGUCAAAUGAUCUCCAGCAGCGAUUCCAUGAAGAGCUAGAUGUAGACGAUGCGGUUUAUAACUCAGUCAGUGUCAUCCAAGCUGGUUUAAAAUGGCACCUUCCUGAUAUUCGCCUUGAGGCCUUCCGCAUAUGGUUCAGUUGUAUCAAAAGCUCAUCGGAGCAGGACAGAUAUAAUCAUGACCUGGAAGAUUUUAUAUUGAGAAACGGCCUAAGUUCCUUAUCAAGUCUACGCAAAGCGGUGGCAACAGCUGCAGUAUCCUGCAAAAUGAGCGAUGAAGGCAGGUCAGAGUGGAUGGGACUACUUGACAUUUUGAAGCAGCAAGCUGAAGUUGAUGAGCAACAGCGGGGAGCCAGCUAUCUUCCUGAUGACGUAAAUAUACAAGAACUGUUACCGCUUCCACGCCCGGAGCAAGCCAAAGAGCGCCUAGAAGAAUUUCUGCAGUUAUCUGGAUCCAAAGAUCCAAAAUCGUGUCCAAGUUUUCCAGAUUUGUAUGCAAAUUUGGCUAAAGCCGGUCACGAUCAGAGGGUUUUCGCUAGGCACGUAAUUGAUCUCAUCAACCUUAUAAGAUCUCACGAAGAUGUGAAUACCGCUGUUGCCGCCAUCUCCGGAGCUGUGACCAGAUGCCGUUUGAAGGUAGUGGUAGAUCAUGGAUGCACGGCUAUCGAAGAGCUUCUUUCGCAUGAACAUCCGGAAAAACAUUUCUUCUAUCUUGUGGAAUACACUUAUUGUUGGGCUAUGAACCAGCUGAUUGACAAAAACGCUCAGUGUCGUACUUUAGCACUGUCUCGCAUUUUAUGGUCCACUUGCGAGAAGUCUAGGGAUCUCAUGAAGAUUUUCUUUGAGGUUAGUCAGGAAGUUUUGAUAACAUAA